ACCAUAAACGUUGCACCUGAAUCAGUGCAGUGGAUUCGCCACAAACGCUCUAACAGGAUAACUGAUAUAUCCUAACAUUACCUUGGGUAAAGACUGACUCAAAACUCAUAAGGACUGAUAGUGACUCCUCUGUUUCACCACGCUCACCACCGGGUCUGCAUCGCACCAAACGGUGGGCGUCACAAAUACUGGGAAUCUUCUACUUCAAUUGCUCCCCCUCCACACUUAACGCUACCCCUGAAAUCACUCCUUUCAAUGGUGCCCUGUUCCUAAGAGCAAAGCAAGAAACAGAUCUUCACCCAAGUUGCGUCGCACGGAGCACCUGCUCCCUCUGAUCUGAAGAAACAUAAACAAACAUCACAAAUCCACUUCGGGUUACCUUCACCGACUCAACAGCACCCAUCAUCUUUUCUACCCAACCUGAAACCAUCCAUGGAUCAGCCAAAAGGCCUGGUUCCACCCUCACCAGAAAUCUCACUCACACUGGACCAAAUGUAUCUUUAUCAUAACCAUGUCCAUCAAUGCAAGGCUUGGGCUCCAAGCUCCUCACAACACCUUCUACCCCUUCCUUUUCACCUCCAGAACUCGAACUGGCGUCUGGCUCACUUUGUUUGAACUUGACACCAGUCUUCCUCGACAUACCCUCUCCCUUGUUAUUGCUAGCUUAAACAGAUUCAAACCCAUCCUCUGCCUCCCUCAGUCUUUACAACCUCUCUCUUUCCAUCCAAUCCUCCUCCCUUAACCAAUUACCUGAUUCCUUCUGAAAAUAUUCGAUUUUUCCAAGCCAAAAUAUUUUUUGGGCCUCCUCGAGAGACAUGCUAAGCCCUGUCUUUCGGACGGGACGUUAAACAGGUGUCCUGACUCUCUGUGGUCACUAAAGAUCCCAUGGCAUUUAUUGUAAGAGUAGGGGUGUUAACCCCGGUGUCCUGGCUAAAUUCCCAAUCUGGCCCUCAUACCGUCAUGGCCACCUAAACAUCCCCAGAUUACAAUUGGCUCAUUCAACCCCCUCCUCUCCCCUGUAACUAUUCCCCAGGUUGUUGCUGUAAAUGAGUGUUCUCAGUCAAUUUACCUGGUAAAAUAAAAUAAUAAAUAAUGUACUCCCUCCACUUCAAACACACUACCAGGCCCAUUCCCAGAAGGGCCGGGAUUUUUGUACCCACAGCCCAGUUUGAAAUUUGCCUCUGUCAUACAUUUCCAGACUGAAACUAUAAUUAACUACAUUUCACACAAUGCACCUCCUGCGCAGCCUCAGUACAUACUAAACGCUUGCCCUAUUCACUCCUCCCUAUUUUAAUGCUCGUUAAGAUGGUGGUUAGAGCGUAAAGUGUCUCUACAGAUAAGAAAGAAAAGGGCAAAACAUCUAUCAAGCCUUUUGAAUUAUAGCGAAAUAAUAAACCUAACAUAAUCUAAAGUGUCUAUCUAUACAAAUCUGGACAGUUCAGAGACAUUAGCAAUCCCCGCCCAAUUUGGUGUGACUGUCCAUUUGGAGUGGAAUCCCUGUAAUACGGACAGGGUAAGUGGCUAGCAAGCUAGCCCAAGCUAUUAUUGUAACUGUCUGCUACUGAUUUCGUGGCAAAAUAACAUUAGCUCCAGGGUUGCAUGAACGAAUUGAUACAGUUUCUGUAUCAAUGCCAUCCUUUGCAUCGUUGUCUAUUUGUGGAUUUAAUGAACUGUCAAUGGUUUACUGUGUCGGAGUCUGUUAGCUAGGGAACUAACGUUAGUAGGCCGCAGUCGCUAGUUUGCCAAGUUAGCUAACUGCGAAUGCCAGCCUAUAUUCUGAAGUUAGCUUGUAGGCUAAUGUUAGCCUAUUAGCACUUUCGUUGGUUAGCAAGCUGUCACUUUGUAUUCACAAGACUGCCUGUCUUGUGAACUUUGGUUAACUAUUUACUCAACCCAACAUUAAGUGCAUGUCCUUUUACUCGUUGACUUGAGUCUUAUAUUCAUAUUUUGUUUCAGCGCCUGAACGGCUUUUUGCGGGCUAGCUAACACAUAAUGUCAUGCCGCGAACUAACAUUAGCGAAUCAUUGCAAACCAUUAGAAACAUGCUAACGUUAGUUAGCUAGCAAGCUGGUUAGCAUAGCUUGUAACUAUCAGUCAGCUGACGUUUGCUGCUUGCUUGUACAGCUGCAUCAGAGAGAGACAGGAUGGGGCGCGAAGCCCUUGUUAUUUAGGCUGUAGUUUAGCAACACAUUUUGAAGUGCAAUUCAACCAACUAGUGUUACCCUGUAGCUAACGUUAGCUAGCAUGUAGCUAGCUAGCUAGUUUGUCAAUGACAGAUUUUGCCUACUUCCAAUCAAUAACUAGCUAACUGUUUCAGUUAAUAACAUCCAAUUUGCAAUUUACAUCCUAGACAAGCGCAAGCCCAUCCUCAACAAACCCCAAGAUUCGAUAGGCCUGUUUAUUUGAUCAACCUGUGAUGUAAUACAGUUGACAGCUACAUGAUAGAACGCCCUCCUACUGUCAAAACACCACAUAAUUUGUUUGUUGCUUCCACAAGUCACUACUUUAUAACAAGCUGCUAAUACAGACCGAAGAUAUUGAUAAGCCUCAUACCAUUUAGCUUAGGCUACAUGAUAAUAAGACAUAUGGCUUUACCAGUACUGCUAACUAAGUGAGCAGGUCUGGUUUAGACCUACAUUUUGCAUUGACAGUAGUGUGUACUCUUCAUGUUCUCCAUUAUUCAAAAUUCAUAUACUUCCGAAAUACUCCAAAUAGAGUUUCUGAGUAGCAUAAUUGUCAGUCUGUACUUUCUAUCCUCUCUCAUCCCUUACUACGCUCCUCCCUCCCAGCCCGUGACCAGCCGUGACAUCUGCUCCCCCUCGCCGUGCCAUAGGAUGUCCCACAGCCCCGAGAUGAAGGAUGACCCCAUGGAGUGCCCUCUGUGCAUGGAGCCGCUGGAGAUUGACGACGUCAACUUCUUCCCCUGCACCUGCGGCUACCAGAUCUGCCGCUUCUGCUGGCACCGCAUCCGCACAGAUGAGAACGGCCUCUGCCCCGCCUGCAGAAAGCCAUACCCGGAGGACCCUGCAGUGUACAAGCCCCUGUCACAGGAGGAGAUCCAGAGGAUAAAGAACGAGAAGAAGCAGAAGCAGAACGAGAAGAAGCAGAAGGUGACGGAGAAUCGGAAACACCUGGCCAGCGUCAGGGUGGUGCAGAGAAACCUGGUGUUCGUGGUCGGGCUCUCUCAAAGGCUUGCAGACCCAGAGGUUCUAAAGAGGCCAGAGUAUUUUGGGAAGUUUGGGAAAAUACACAAGGUGGUCAUCAACAACAGCACAUCAUAUGCAGGUUCACAGGGUCCCAGUGCCAGUGCCUAUGUCACCUAUAUCCGCUCUGAAGAUGCCCUCAGAGCAAUACAAUGUGUGAACAAUGUGGUGGUGGACGGUAGAACACUCAAGGCUUCUUUAGGCACAACAAAAUACUGCAGUUACUUCCUCAAAAGCAUGCAGUGUCCCAAACCAGACUGUAUGUAUCUACAUGAGCUGGGGGACGAGGCGGCUAGCUUUACGAAAGAGGAGAUGCAGGCCGGGAAACACCAAGAAUACGAGCAGAAACUACUUCAGGACCUCUACAAAAUGAACCCUAGCUUUCUACAAACACCAACAUGUUCAGGGGAAAAGUCAAAAAGCAAAUCUUCAAAUUCUACACAAAGACCCAGCAAUGGCAAGGACGGGUGGCCGACACUAUCAGGGUAUGGUGGCAAACUGGCCAAUGGGUUGUCAGAGGACGGGAAAUCUCCUCCGCUGCUAGACUGCUGUCUGGACCCAGCGGUCAUGACCUCAGACGGGUUAGGACUUGGCCUGGGGCCGGACACAGAGCUGGGGAUGGGGUCUGGCCAAGGGGCUGCCCUGUCCCCCUUCUCCUCUAAUUGUGACAGCAAUGGUCCCAGCGACAAACCUCCGGAAUCAAUAGGUAUGGUGAAUGGAGCGACUUUACAACCGAUGCCUAACAGUGAGUCCCCCUCCCCUCCCCCGGGGCUGACUAAGCCCCCCAGCAGUCUGGUGGUUCCCAUCAGUGUAGUGGACCUCACUGCCCGCUCGCCCUUCGAGGGGGCCGCUGCAGAGUCCCAGUCCCUCUUCUCAGACAACAGUAACUUCAGACACCCCAACCCCAUCCCGUCCGGCCUGCCCCCCUUCGCCAGCUCGCCUAGAGGGGGAUCUGACUGGCCCAUGACCCCUGAACCACAGAGCCUCUUCGCAUCAGACACAAUACCGGUCUCCUCCUCCACAGACUGGCAGGCAGCCUUCGGCUUCGGCUCCUCUACUAAACAGCAGCAGGACGACGACCUGGGCUUCGACCCCUUCGACGUGACACGGAAAGCCCUGGCUGACCUCAUAGAGAAGGAGCUGUCAGUCCAGGACCAGCACAGUCCCCUGGGGUCCCCCAGCCCCUUCGGCCUCCACCACCCCGGGUCCCACCACGGCCUCCACAUGCCCCUCUCCAACCCCAACCAUUUCCCCAACAGUAUUGGACCUCCACCCCGCCUCUCUCAGCUUCACCACAGGCAAAUGUAUAGCUCCUUUAGUUUCCCUGGUUCCCAGAGUCAGAGCGGUCACCAUGGUGGAGGUCAGGCUGCCCAGGCCGCUGCAGCUCGGCAUACCUGGAUGGGUAUGCCUCCCUCGGCCCGCAGCAAUAACCACCUCCUCUCACACUUGAACCUCUCGGCCAAUGCUGGGGGAGGACAUAGCAACUUCCUGGACUUGAGCAUGCCUCCUCAGCACCACAGUCACAGUACAGGGCUGGGAGGGAUCCCCAUGUCAGAAAACAGCAGUUCUAUAGACGGCCUCAAUGUGAAAGAAUGGCAGGACGGUUUGAGAGCUCUCCUCCCCAACAUCAACAUCAACUUCGGGGGUCUCCCCAACUCCUCCUCCUCUUCCUCCUCCUCCUCUUCCUCUAGUAUGAACCACAUCGGGGGGCCAAACCACAUGGGGGGCCCUGGGGGACUCUCACACAGCCUCAGCUGGGACGGUACGGCCAGCUGGAUGGACCCAGCUAUCAUCACAGGUAGCAUCCCAGCCUCAGCAGGCAGCAGUUUAGACUGUCUCCAGGAGGACCAGAACCCUCCGCACUGGCUCAAAUCCCUUCAGGCCCUGACAGAGAUGGACGGCCCUGCGCUGCCGUCACUCCCCCAGCAGCCCCAGAACCAGCAGCACCACAGCCACCACCACGGCCUCCUAGACCAGGCCUCCUCACACCCACACCUCCACCACAGAGCAGGCUCCGGUUGGGCCCCCUACCUGCCUGGCCUGACCCAGCCCACACAAGCCAACCCCAGCCACUUCCACAGCCCUCCUCCAGGCUUCCAGACAGCCUUCAGACCCCCAGGCCAGAGCGCCACAGAGCUGCUACAGAGCGCAGCUGCUGGGGACCGCCACUAAACUAAAGACAGAUUACAGCAGACUACCCCCGACCCAUGUCCUAAUACUGACCCCCUCCCCAAUGCAAUACAGAUACAGUACAUACACUAAUCUGCAGAUGAUCAGAUUAUGAAAACAUAACAAAUUAACAAAAUAACAAAGAUUUCUUUUUCUUUCUCGUUCCUCCUUUUUUUCUAUUCUAAAGGCCUAUUUGUUUGUUUUUGGUUUUUUGUGGCACAUGACAUGAAUGACCUGUUACCCCUUUUUGUCUGCUACUGACCAACCCCACUGAGCUCCAGUAGUCAGGGUCGUCUUCAGUAGGAUGCACCGGAGUCAAACGUUUUCAAACCGAAAACGAAAAGGAGCGUUUCUUAUUGGGCAGAUAAGUCCAUGUAGUCCCUCACGGUUUCAGUCUGUUUUCUUUUGUUUGGUGCAUAAUGAACACGACCCAGGUGAAUUGUUUGGGAUCAGACAGGUGCUGACUACUGUGAGCUUCACGUGGAGUCUGUCCGUAUGAUAUAGACGAGCACAGAGAAUAGGAGCAGUGAUACAUUUUGUGACACACAAGACGAUAACUCCAAAUAUACAGGAAUCAAGAUUAGCUAACGUGAGUAAUUUUAAGAAGUAAACUUAUGAUUAAAUAUGAAAUGUAGGUAAGUCGGCGUGAAAGAAGUGAAGUCACGAUUACUCUUCUUCUUUGAGAAUGAAGCAACAAACAAUGGUGAAUCUGCUCUUAAAGCUUUGCCCCAAAGACCCUCAUCCUCCCCAGGAUACUGAAUGAAACGGUUAACCCUCCCUCACUGCAAAGAAGCCCCUGAGUGGGUAACUUUGGGCAUGUUCAUUAAGGCGAAAAUGAUACAAAAUGCCUUAAAGUUUAACUGAUUAAGGGGUGGGGUUGAGAAUCUUUAGAGAAUAGCAUGGUUAAAAGGGACUUCAGCAGCUUGUUGUAAUUGGUUCAGAUGACAGAAAAUGAUGCAGACAGAGAUGGUCACAGAUGGAUAAAAUGUUAGGAUGGGGGAGUUGAGGACACAGCCAGGCUAUCGUGCUUUGGGUUUCCUGUUAGGCAGGGUCGCAAUGGUCGCAUUCCAGGCUGACAAUAUUGCUGUCAUGCUGCACUCACGCAGCAACCAAUGGUCAUCAACUUUGCUGUCGGGUGUCAGACUGCUAUAUCAUAUGCGGUUAACUGAUACAACUGAUUAGCUAUACCUGUUUAACUGGUUAGCUGAUACAACACCUAUCCAGGCGUUGUGAGAUCUGGCAGGAGACUGCAAUGUAGUCUGCCUGGAAUGCACCCCAAUGGCCUGUCUUGUACAGGUCAUUAAAACCCACAUUCCCUUUGGGGUCAGGAGUCAUGGUGCCCCAUCCUGUAGUAGAGGCAAGAUUCAGUUCAACCUCUGUAUCAGAGGAUGGAGCACUGCCUAACUGGGGGGGCUGACCGCCGGGGUUGGAAGAAUAGUGUCACGACUAUUCUCAGUUUGGAAGAAGAAUAGGCCUAGUGUCAUGAUACCAGACCUCAGCACGUUAAGUGCUAGUUCUUGGGAAACUAAGAAUGGCUGGAGUGGAGGCAAAAACAAAGAACAAUAUUUAAAGGAAAACUCCACCCUAAAACAAUGUUUUAAUUUUGUUUCAUUAGUCGAUUGUUGAAGUCCCAAAUUGUUUUGCAUGUCAGCAAUCAAGUUUGAAGAUAUAUGUAGAACUUUCAAAAUACAGAAAUACAGCUGGUAUGAUGCAUUUUUUUAUCAUAAGAUGCUGCUUUUUGCAUCAAAUGAGGCUAAAUGAAUCAUACCGGCUGUAUUUCUGUAUUUUGAAAGUUAUAUAUCUUGAAAACUUGAUUCCUGACAUGCAAAACAUUUUUGGGACUAUAUCAACAAUGGACUAAACGUUUUGGGGUGGAAUUGUCCUUUAAAGACUUGGAGUGAAGAUAUUGGCUAAUAAUGGGACAUCCUGGUCUGAUACUCACAGUGCCACUGUGUGGCAACUACAGUAGCUUAAACCCUUAUCAGGAAAGUCACAAGAAGACCAAACCGAUAAAUGAUGAAAUGGUUGAUGUCCUGAUAUGCACCUGUAGAAAAAGAGUGAGAAUUUAAAUAAUGUAAUGCGAUAUCGGAGAUUGUGUGAAAGGAAGGCGCUACAAAACGACACAAACGACGGCUAGCAAUUUAAUCCAAGGAGCGCUCUGCCUUUCUCUGGGCCUUGAGAAUGAAUAACCUCCCUUCAGUCUUUAUUUUUAAGUCUUAACUCUAUAUCUCCAUCUUUCUCUCUCUCUCUCUCUCUCUGACACACUCUCUUUCUCUCUCCUGCUAUCCCCUAUUAAAACAGUAUUCACUAGAAACAUGAACUGAUCCAGGUGAAACCAACAAUCAGUCAUACUACUGUGGUUUUUAACAUGAUGCUGAGAUAAAAACACAUUGAGGAGCUUAAAGGAAUUGAACUGUCCACUGCCGGUCUGGAAAAACAAACCUUAAAUAAAACGAAAAACCCA